CUCCUCAUCUGGUUUAAAGCCUCAGCGGCUGACUCCUGCUGGCGGCUGACAACCAUUCUGUUGGUUCGUUAUAGCCGGGGGCAGAGCAGAGGAAGGGGAGGGCAGGAUGAGCUCUGGCGGCUGCUCGACGUGCCUGGAGAUCAUCUUCGCCGCCGUGCUCCCGCCGCUUGGCGUCUUCUUCCGCUACGGCUGCUGCAGCUCGCAGUUCUUCAUCUCCCUGCUGCUGACGGUGCUCGGCUACGUCCCCGGCAUAGUCUACUCCGUCUACGUCAUCCUAAAGAUGCCGCCGGAGCUGCCCGGCAUCGACGGUGACCGGCCCUACUACAUCCUCGCCUGAGGAUCUCCUUCAUCCAUAUUCGUACAUACUGCUGUAGCGUAGCUUUCUGUAUACUUCUAUAUGUGUCGCCAUUGGUUUGGUUGGGAUGACUUGUAAGCUGUGCGUAGCUAGUGGUUUGAGGAAAUUCCUCUCAAUUCUUGGCGUAGCGGCCGGUGGUUGUACCUGUAGUCAUUUCUUGGCCUGUAAUUAAGUUUUGCGUAGCUAGCUUAGUGGUUUGAGGAGAUUCUUGGCGUAGCGGUGGUUGUACUUGUGCUGUUCGUUCUUGAUUCUCACGAUUGGUGGCAUGGCAAUGGCAUGGUGUUUGGUGCAUAAUUGGUUUGGCUGUCGGUUCUCUAGGACUUAUAUGAACCCGCUGCCGGCUCCCGAGCCAGUUGUUGAAAAAAUAAGUAAUGCAGUGACAGAUCUCCACCAUGGUCUGUGCUCGCUUCUCGAAUCAAUAUGGGACAUAUUUUCUUUUUCUGAGCUGAUUUGAAUCGAUGAACUCUGACGACAGUCCUGGAUCCUGACCACAGGUGAAGGUGAUCCGGACAAGUAGUGUAUGUCAAUGGAUGCACUGCGUAUCCGACGCUGAGUAACAGCGAUUAACUGUA